ACAGCCCGUGAUGUUGGUGCCUGUCUCCGCGCAGCUCACAUAUCCGCCAUGCCUGGGACCCGACCAAGUCGGUGGCACAGAAUCUGGCCGAGAUGGGCCUGGCCGAGGAUCCCAACAAGGCCGUCCCUAUCCCCAGGAAGAAGCUGCUGGGGAUGGAAAUGGAAAGCAGUGGACAAGGAAAGAAAAUAGUGCGGAAGCCCUACGUGGUGAAUGAGAUGGAAUAUGAGGCCAGUCUCCCUGAGAAGAAGUCAAACACCCUCUCACGAGACCUCAUUGAUUACGUGCGGUACAUGAUACAGAACCAUGGGGAGAACUACAAGGAAAUGGCUCGAGAUGAGAAGAACUACUACCAGGAUACUCCCAAGCAGAUAAAAAGAAAGAUCAAUGUGUACAAGAAUUUCUAUCCCGAGGAGUACAAGGAUUUCAUUGCAUCACUCAAGCAGGAAAAGAUGGAUGUGCAGUGACUGCCCUUUUUCCUCAGGUUUGCCUGCAAGUGCAGGCUUGACUUGACCAUUUUCUGAAGCAAGCAGGGACUGAGACAGGUGACAGUCACUCAUGGGCUCAGUGCUUGCAAGUUAAGCUAUGCAAAGCCUCUGGCAAUGGAGGAAGGACCUUCAUUAGACAGAGACAGUUAUAACCAGGCAUGGAAAACUCUUGGCUGUGGCUUGUGGCAUUGGGACUGAAUGUGCUGUGCCACUCCCUUUCUGUGUGGCAGCCAGCACUUCUUUCACCUUGUUAAAUAAAUAAAUUUCAAACUGG